GGGGGGGAAGAAAAGAAUGAAUAAUGAAAAUGGAGGUGUCGUGUCGUGUCGUGCCGUGGAAGUUAGGUACUGCUGCUGACGGUCGGUCUUUGAACAUCACCCAAAGCAUCGAAUGGUCCUGAAGCUCUCCCGGCCAGAGGCAGCUGUCCGUCCCGCCUCUGCUCCCCUCCAUUACAGCUAACCACCGGAACGGACGGAGCAGUCCCGCACUCCUCCUUCUGCCCCCCCCGACUGCUCCAUUCGGUCCCCCUUCCCAUGGCUCUGCUCCACCUCUGCGACCCACCUCGCCGUCUCCUCCUCACCCCUUUCCACCACCCCAUCCCCCUCCUCUCCAAGCCUGCCACCGCCACCCCUCGCCGCCGGGACUUCCCCUCCGGCACCAUCAUCCCCUCUUCUUCUCAUCGCCUGUACACUCGGCGUCGGUUGCUCCGACCCUGUCGCUGCGCCUUGCCCGUCAACGGAGCCAUCGUGCAGGACGUCUCGGAGCCUCUCGAGAAACGUUUCGUAGGAGAUAAGGAGGAUGCCCAGCUCCUCGAGAAGCUCCGAAGACUGCUGCAUCUUGCCAGGUCUCUGCUUCCCGGCGGCAGCUGGUGGGAUUUGUCGGAGGAGGAGGUCGACGUCAGACUCCUCGCGAAGCCCGUCACCGUGUGGCGGGCGCUGACGCGGAUGUGGGAGCUGGUCGCGCAGGACAGAUGGGUCAUCUUCGCCGCCUUCUCCGCUCUCAUCCUCGCAGCGCUCUCGGAGAUUUCGAUACCCCAUUACUUGACAGCAUCGAUAUUCUCUGCACAGAGUGCUAACAUUGCCGUUUUCCACCGGAACGUGCGCCUCUUGAUUCUCUUCUGUGUUAUCGCGGGCAUAUGCAGCGGACUGCGUGGAUGCUGUUUUGGCAUAGCAAACAUGAUCCUUGUUAAAAGAAUGAGGGAGACCUUGUACUCUUCUCUUCUUUCUCAGGAUAUAUCUUUCUUCGAUGGUGAAACAGUUGGUGAUUUGACAAGCAGACUGGGUGCCGACUGUCAGCAAGUAUCACGUGUCAUUGGGAACGAUCUUAAUCUGAUACUACGCAACUUGCUGCAGGGGACAGGCUCGUUGAUCUACUUGCUGAUCCUGUCUUUGCCCCUGGGCCUAUGCACGCUUGCUGUAUGUUUGACUCUAGCAGCAGUAAUGCUGACCUAUGGCCAGUACCAGAAGAAGUCAGCAAAGCUAAUUCAAGAGUUCACUGCAUCUGCCAAUCAAGUUGCACAAGAGACCUUCUCUCUUGUGAGAACUAUUCGCGUUUAUGGAACAGAAAAUCAAGAAAUUCAGAGGUACAAGAACUGGCUGGAUAAAUUAGCGAAUAUAAGCUUGCGCCAGAGUGCUGCUUAUGGAUUUUGGAACUUUAGCUUCAACACUCUUUAUCACUCAAUGCAGGUUAUUGCUGUGCUGGUAGGAGGGAUAUCUAUUCUGAGUGGUCGUAUAACAACAGAGCAACUCACCAAGUUCAUAUUGUACAGUGAGUGGCUAAUUUUUUCAACAUGGUGGGUAGGGGACAACCUCUCGUCCCUGAUGCAAUCUGUUGGGGCAAGUGAAAAAGUCUUCCAACUGAUGGAUCUCCGAGCUAGUGAUCAAUUCACCUCUAAAGGUUCCAAGCUUCAAAGGCUUUUGGGACGCAUCGAGUUUGUGGACGUUUCCUUCCACUAUCCUUCUAGGGAAAUGGUGCCAGUGUUGCAGCAUGUAAACCUUUCCAUAAAUCCCGGUGAAGUUGUUGCCAUUGUUGGUCUUAGUGGUAGUGGAAAGAGCACACUCGUGAGUCUCUUGCUUCGCCUUUAUGAGCCCACAUACGGUCAGGUCCUAAUUGAUGGCAUUCCGAUCAAAGAAUUGGACAUCAAGUGGUUGAGGGAAAGAACUGGAUUUGUGGGACAGGAGCCACGCCUAUUUCGAAUGGACAUUAGUUCAAAUAUAAAAUAUGGGUGUCCCCGAGAUGUUAAGCAGGAGGAUGUGGAGCAGGCAGCCAAACUUGCCUAUGCUCACGACUUCAUUUGUGCCCUCCCGAAUGCAUACCAAACUAUUGUGGACGAUGAUUUGCUCAGUGGAGGGCAGAAGCAAAGGAUUGCCAUUGCUCGGGCUAUUCUAAGAGAUCCAUCAAUCUUAGUUCUCGAUGAGGCGACAAGCGCGCUUGAUGCGGAGAGUGAGCACAAUGUUAAGGGUGUUCUCCGAGCUGUGAGAAGUGACUUGAUGAUGAGGAGAACUGUUAUAGUUAUUGCGCACAGGCUUUCUACGAUACAAGCUGCUGACCGCAUUGUGGUGAUGGAUGGUGGCCGAAUAGCUGAGAUGGGAACUCACAAAGAGCUUCUACUCAAGGAUGGCCUGUACGCUCGACUGACAAGAAGACAGGCUGAUGCUGUGGCUUGAUCUUUCCAAGCUCUACUGAUUUGCUUUACUUUUCAAAUUUUCUGCCGAAUGAGUUCUCCAUUCGGUAUAAAGUUUGAGCAGAGAGGUUAGACAGCCAACAAACUCAUCUACACAUUAGUCGAUGAUGAGUAGCCACAGCGGUUGCUCUUUCUAAUCAAGUUCAUAGGCUGUUUACUGAAUCAGUUGCUGAUGCUACCUCGUUCUGUCUGAAGCUGCUGUGGGAAUUCCUGAUGAAGUAUACAGAAUGUUCUCUCUCUCUUUCAUUGCCAUUUACAACAUCGGUAUUGUCAACGUAACUUGUAACUGCACCAUGCAUGCAGCAAUCAUACAGAAAUGUUAAACAGAUGAGUACAGUUCAGAAAUUGAAAUGAAAUACUUCGAACACUAUGAUUUGCAUUGUUU